UAAUGCCACGCGAUCACAAUAAUCAAUCGAGAACAAUUUUUUCAUUGAAUUUCAUACUAUUUAUUAAAACCCCAAUUUUCCCUUAUCCGCAGGUAUUUUUAAGACCACUUCGAGCCUUUUUUAUAAACGAUUGCUAAUUAGCACCUCGAAAUUCAACGAAGCAAAAGCUAUUCCAGUGUUUUAGAGUGACAGAAUUGGUAUGAGUGCCUUGCACAGUUGCAAAGGUUACAGGUGCCUCGCUCUCAUACGAGGAGCAGGUGUAUAGAAGGCCAUUAUGAUGAUCAUUUAUACCUCUAUAUAGUGGCAGAUAUGUUAAAAAUUCUGUAGUAAAAACUAAAGAAAUAAUUUAAUGUAAGCGAACGUCAACGAACGCCCUAAUCGAUUCUUCAGAUACCGAGUCCCAUCCGAGUCCAGCCGAACCAGCAACACAAUGGCGAAAAUGUUCUACGUUUAUAACAUCAACGUUUCUUUAUUAGGUUUGAUUGUAACAUCGGUGUUACUGUCACUCAUCUGUCCCGCGUGCUGUCGCCUCGAGCUCGACUUCUCGAAACUAAGCGACCCGAUCAACCUGCGGCGAGCUGAGCAUUACGGACUGACUUCUAUUUUUGACCAACACAGCACAUCAACGUUCACGCUUAGGAUGAGUCAGGACACGAUGCAGAAAAUUGGCGUUGGAGAAGGAGACCUGCCGAGCCCUCCUAGCCGUCUGGAAAAUCCCUACACGCGGUCUGCUUUUGUGGAAGCAGUUUUGCGCAACGUGAGCCACCCCUUGCUUCCUGAGGGGCAAGAGCUCCUGCAAACUAUGCUGGCAGGACCUCUGCAGAGCGCCGUGGUCACGCUACAGCCCACGGACGACCAGUUCGACGAGAUGAUGCUCUUCCUGGACGCGUACAAGGCGUUCUGGAACUACAUGGGCGAAGAGACGGUGCCUAAGGUGGAAGAUCUUGCUUCCGAAUACGUGCCGUCCGCCGUACAAGGCAUCGUGCGGCGCUUUGUGCGGACGGAGCCGCGCAGAGCAGCGCGCAGACUGGCACCCAUGGAGGCGUCGCACGAGUACCUGCGACACUUGACCACCAGUGUCUUCAAUGUGCCGCGCAACCAACUCGUGGACAAGCAGAACGCAACGGCUGUGAGAGUCUACGUCAGGCGUCAGUUAGAGGACUUGGGUCUGCUGGUGCUGGAACACAACUUCGCGUCCUACGAAACUGACUUUAUGGUUGGUGAAAGGCUAGAAGGCACUAAUCUGAUCGCCCUACUACCCGGCGCCCGGUUCAAGACGCCCCACGACAGACCCGUGGUGGUGGGCGCUCACAUCGACACCGUCGUGGGCUCCCCAGGAUACGAUGACAACGGCUCCGGCAUGGCUGCUCUCAUGGAGACCGCUAGAAUGAUCGCCACUUCUGGGUGCAAGUUCGACAACACUGUUGUCUUUGUGGCGUUCGAUUUGGAGGAAAUGGGCACGCAGGGGUCAAUGAUGUUUGUGAAGGACUUUGUACCUCGAGUGCUAAAGCAGGAGCUCGGCAUGGAACGAAUUUAUGGCGCUUUUGUGCUUGACUGCAUUGGAAACUGGGACCCAGAACCUCAGUCUCAGGACCUACCUGAAGGCUGGCAUGAAUACUUGCCGCAAUUUGUUGAACGGACUGAAAGAAACGACAGAAGAGGGGACUUUAUCAGCUUGAUCUACCGGAACGGCAUAGAUGCGUUCCUAGCAAAUAGGUUUUCGUCGUACUUUUCUCGACUAGACGCGCCAGAGUUCCGACUUGAGGCGUUGGCAGUGGACAGCCUGGGGCCGCAGAUGCCGAGCGUGAUGGGACUGAAGAAGCACUUCAAUGUCUUGCGGUCAGAUCACGUCAGGUUUUGGUACCCAAAUGGUGAAGAUGGAAAUGGUUUGAAGGUUACUAUCCCUGCCGUCCUCAUUACAGACACAGGUCCCUUCAGGGGCAGGUUACGCCAGUGCUACCACAGCCCCUGCGACGUGCACAAGGCAGGCCAAGACCCUAACGUUAGUUUCCUGGCGAAGACAACCGAGGCUGUGGCCUGGACAACAGCAGACUUGGCAGGAGGUCAAUGUGGGCCUCGAGGAAGGCUGGGAGUACGGCAACUUUUCAGACUAACUUCUAGUUUUUCGCUCGAUUCACAGAACUCACCUCAGGACGAGCCGGACUCUGAAAUUUCAGUAGUGCCCAACGAUGUCAGUGAUCCCGUAGGAAAUGAAGAAAACGAAGCCUUGAGGAAGGUUACAGGAUCGGAAGGCAGCAGGACUGCUCAUGAUCCUACCUUGGCAUCCUUGACCAACGCGCUUGAAAUGCUACAUUUUCUAGGAGUCGUGCCAUCCAUCGAAGAGCUCACUGAGAACCAGCUACGAACCCCGCGAAGAACUCCGAGGCCAGGAAGAGCGCGAGGCAUGAGAGUGUUCAAGCGCAAAUUACCUAUUAACUCUCAUCAAUUAUAUUCAACCGAGAGGCGCGGCUCUGACGUGACUUAAGCGUUCAACGUUAAUAGCCAUAAUAAUGUUACGAUAUUGUGAUGCGAAUUACCACGCACAUCUCGUGGAGAAUGAGAGUAGUUGAGAUGUUGAUGAAUACGCUAAGCUAUUUGUGAACAUAGUACAAUUAUAUAAUUAAUACAUAAAUAUGUUAA